CUUACCAGUGGAGAAUGAAGUCGCUUCUCUUAUUGCUGUCCUGCCUGGGUCUGUGCACCUGCCAGCUAAACAUGUACAACAAUUUUCGCAAUAUGCGAAUACGCCUGGCUAGUUCGACUGCUCCAGCCAUGCAGCCACUGCGAGAGGGUCGUGUGGAGAUCAGUUUUGACAAUGGCAGAAGUUGGGGUACAAUUUGCAGCACACACUGGUCACUGCGUGAAGGUAAUGUUGUGUGCCGGCAGUUGGGCCUGGGAUAUGCUUCCAUGGCAAUAGCCAGCACUAAGCAUGGCAAUAGUCAAGCCAAUCGUUGGGGCUUGGUCGGCACCCGCUGCCGCGGCACUGAGCGAAAACUAUCGGAAUGCCACCGCGAGCCGACAUAUCCGACUAUGUGCAAUGCCAACAAUCGUAAUGUCAGCACGGUGGCCUGUGUGAGUAAAUCAGCAGAUCUGGAGCUAGGUGUCUCCGACAUCGAGAUAAGUGCGUACCUGGCUUUAGUACCAAUGACACAGUUGACUUGUGCCAUGGAAGAGAACUGUGUAUCGAAGGAUGCUUAUGUGGUACGCAGAACAAAUCCGAGAGCCAUCCGCAAGCUUCUGCGCUUCUCUGUCAAGGCUUCCAAUGUGGGCACUGCCGACGUCAGCCCUUACGCCAACUACAAGGAUUGGGAGUGGCAUCAGUGUCAUAUGCACUACCACAGCAUGAAUGUCUUUGCCACAUUCAACGUAUACAAUAAUCGUUACCAAAAGGUGGCCCAGGGCCACAAAGCCUCCUUCUGCCUAAUGGACUCAACGUGCAAUUUGGGCGUGACCCCAAAAUACAUGUGUGGCAACACUACGCAAGGUAUUUCUGCUGGCUGCGCGGACGUGUACAGCCAUGUGCUAGAUUGCCAGUGGGUGGAUGUGACCACGGUGCCCAUUAACAAGAAAUACAAAUUGCGCGUGGAACUGAAUCCCGAGUACGUUCUGGGCGAGAUGUCCUUCGAGAAUAAUGGCGCCGAGUGUGAGCUGGAUUACACGGGUGAAGUUCUAACAACAAGGGUCAGCAACUGUAAACGAAAGCCCUUGCUUAUUUAAAAAAAAGUCAAUUGCAAAAUAAUAUAAAAAUAAAAUACUGCAAUCACGAAAUGAUAUCAAUAGAUAUUAUAAAUUCAGUGCGUUUGAGCUCUUUGGAGCUCCAUAAUUUCAUUAAUUUCGACAUAU